GACCCUCUCGGGCCGGCGCGCGGGGAGCGGGGAGCGCGGGCGGCGGCGGGAGCGCGCGGGACGCUCUAGGACCCAGCAGCAGUUGUCGGGUUUGGAGCUGGAGGUGAAGCCCUGGCAUUUCUCUCCUUCCUGUGUAAAUGGGGCUGAUCGUCGGGCGCCACUUCCCCGCGCUGCCCCACGCCAUGCCCAGCGCGCUGCCCGGCGGCCGCCUUUCCCCAGCCGCGGGACUGAACUAGCCAUGGUCGCCUCAUGUGGAGGGCAAAGCUACGCCGGGGAACUUGUGAGCCUGCGGUGAAAGGGCUCCCGCCUGUCUGUUACAGCCCCAGUAGUCCUGGCCAGAUUUCAGAAGACCCCAACUACUUUCCCCCAGACUUUCAGCUCUAUUCUGGGAGGUAUGAGGCAUCUGCUUUGACAGUGGAGGCAAACAGCAGCAUCAGGGAAAAAGUUGCUGAGGAUCCUCUUCGUAACUUCCACUCCCCAAACUUCCUGAGGAUCUCAGAGGUGGAAAUGAGAGGUUCCGAGGAUGCAGCAGCUGGCACAGUAUUGCAGCGGCUGAUCCAGGAACAACUGCGCUAUGGCACCCCGACCGAGAACAUGAACUUGCUGGCCAUUCAGCACCAGGCCACAGGGAGUGCAGGACCAGCCCACCCGACAAACAACUUUUCUUCCACGGAAAACCUCACUCAAGAAGACCCACAAAUGGUCUACCAGUCGGCACGCCAGGAACCGCAGGGUCAAGAACACCAGGUGGACAAUACGGUGAUGGAGAAACAGGUCCGGUCCACACAGCCUCAGCAGAACAAUGAGGAACUGCCCACUUACGAGGAGGCUAAAGCCCAGUCACAGUUCUUCAGGGGGCAGCAGCAGCAGCAGCAGGGAGCAGUGGGCCACGGUUACUACAUGGCUGGGGGCACCAGUCAGAAGUCCCGGACGGAGGGGAGGCCCACGGUGAACCGUGCCAACAGUGGACAGGUGCACAAGGACGAGGCGCUGAAAGAACUGAAGCAGGGCCAUGUCCGCUCGCUCAGUGAGAGGAUCAUGCAGCUGUCACUGGAGAGGAAUGGUGCUAAGCAACACCUCCCUGGCUCAGGGAAUGGGAAGGGCUUCAAAGCGGGAGGUGGACCCUCCCCGGCCCAGUCUGCAGGUAAAGUGCUGGACCCUCGAGGCCCUCCACCCGAGUACCCCUUCAAGACCAAGCAAAUGAUGUCCCCAGUCAGCAAGACCCAGGAGCAUGGACUUUUCUAUAGUGACCAGCACCCUGGGAUGCUUCAUGAGAUGGUCAAGCCUUACCCUGCACCUCAGCCUGCGAGAACAGAAGUGGCCGUCCUGCGGUACCAGCCACCCCCAGAGUACGGGGUAACGAGCCGCCCAUGCCAACUUCCGUUCCCGGCGACGGUGCAGCAGCACAGCCCGGUAUCCUCCCAGACCUCCUCCAUCAGCGGGCCGCUGCACUCCGUCUCCCUGCCGCUCCCACUGCCGAUGACCCUGGCCGCCCCACAGCCCCCACCGGCCGCCUCCCCCAGCCAGCAGCUUGGGCCAGAUGCCUUUGCGAUUGUGGAGCGAGCCCAGCAAAUGGUGGAGAUACUAACAGAGGAGAACCGGGUGCUUCACCAGGAACUUCAGGGUUACUACGACAAUGCUGAUAAGCUCCACAAGUUUGAAAAAGAACUUCAGAGAAUUUCAGAAGCCUAUGAGAGUCUGGUCAAGUCCACCACCAAACGUGAGUCGCUGGACAAGGCGAUGAGAAACAAACUGGAAGGCGAGAUUAGAAGACUUCAUGAUUUCAACAGAGACCUCCGAGAUCGACUGGAGACUGCCAACAGGCAGCUGUCCAGCAGGGCCUACGACGGGCAUGAAGACAAAGCUGCCGAGGGGCAUCAUGCUCCCCAGAACAAAGAAUUUUUGAAGGAAAAGGAGAAGUUAGAAAUGGAGCUGGCAGCAGUGCGGACUGCGAGUGAGGACCAUCGGAGACACAUCGAGAUCCUGGACCAGGCUCUGAGCAAUGCCCAGGCCAGGGUCAUCAAGCUGGAAGAGGAGUUACGAGAGAAGCAAGCCUAUGUGGAGAAAGUCGAGAAGCUGCAGCAGGCCCUGACCCAGCUACAGUCUGCGUGUGAGAAGCGGGAGCAGAUGGAGCGCAGGCUGCGGACCUGGCUGGAAAGGGAGCUGGAUGCACUGAGAACGCAGCAGAAACAUGGAAAUGGCCAGCCAGCCAGCAUGCCAGAGUACAACGCUCCGGCCCUCAUGGAACUUGUGAGGGAGAAGGAGGAGCGGAUCCUGGCCCUGGAGGCCGACAUGACCAAGUGGGAGCAGAAGUACCUGGAGGAGAGCACCAUCCGACACUUCGCCAUGAACGCCGCAGCCACCGCUGCAGCCGAGAGGGACACCACGAUCAUCAACCACUCUCGGAAUGGCAGCUACGGGGAGAGCUCGCUGGAGGCCCACAUCUGGCAGGAGGAGGAGGAGGUGGCACAGGCCAACAGGAGGUGUCAGGACAUGGAGUACACUAUUAAAAAUCUCCAUGCCAAAAUCAUAGAGAAGGAUGCCAUGAUCAAGGUCCUCCAGCAGCGAUCCCGUAAAGAUGCUGGGAAGACGGACACCUCCAGCCUGCGGCCUGCCCGCUCUGUCCCGUCCAUCGCGGCGGCCACGGGGACACACUCGCGCCAGACCUCUCUUACCAGCAGCCAGUUGGCCGAAGAGAAGAAGGAAGAGAAGACCUGGAAGGGGAGCAUAGGGCUGCUGCUGGGGAAGGAGCAGCACGAGCACGCCUCUGCACCCCUGCUGCCACCCUCGUCUGCCUCGGCACUGUCGCCUGCAGCCUCCACCACGGCGGCCAGCAGUGCCCACGCCAAGACAGGCAGCAAGGACAGCAGCACACAGACGGACAAAAGCGCGGAACUCUUCUGGCCCAGUGUGGCCUCCCUCCCCACCCGAGGCCGGCUGAGCACGGCCCCUUCCAACAGCCCUGUCCUGAAACACCCAGCGGCCAAAGGCACCGCGGAGAAACUGGAGAACUCUCCUGGCCACGGGAAGUCACCUGACCACAGAGGCCGUGUCAGCAGCUUGCUGCACAAGCCCGAGUUCCCGGAUGGAGAGAUGAUGGAAGUUCUCAUCUAACGCCACCAUCCCUGCGGAACGUCACAACAGAACAUUGACAAACAAGGAAAGUGGCAGAGAGGGAGAAGAAAGAUCGAGAAGGUUGUGGUUGAGAAAUCAGGAAUGAUUUGAAAUGAUAAAGAUUUCAGAUUAGUAAGAACACUUUUUAUAAAUGUUAAAAACAAAAACAGGAGACCUACAUGACUGAAGAUGGAAGAGAAUGCUAUGGAUUUUUCUUACAUACGGUGGGAGAGAGAAGAUACAUGUAGGUUUGGAAACAAAGUUAAGAAGAAAUAGGAAAUGGAAUUUUUCAUUGUACAGAAAAUGUAUCUCGUGGGGAGGUUCUGUGUACCCCCAUUUUCUGGUUAUAAACAGAUAAAUCUGAACACGGAUCUUCCUUGAAAUACUCCCAUUCUCCUUGCUUCUUAGCAUGUUUGGUUUAAGAAGAACCUCCUAGAAAUCUUUAGAGCCCAUCUUGGCGUAAUGCAAUAUAACCUGUGCCAUCCGUGGGUGUCCUGUAAGUGUGUGUGGGUGUGGCAGUGAGAAGAAACAUCCAGGGGUGAUGAGGAAUUUGAAAGGUGGCCUUCACUUGAUUACCUGUUUGGUUUGGAUUUUCAGGAGAUUAUUGGGCUUCUUAGCAUUUCUGGAUUCUGCAGUACUUUCUAAACAGGAUGGAAGCAUUAUGAUCUUAGCCCUUAUCCUCCCUGACUUCUCUGAGUUCAUGUCCAUCUCUACUUUACUCUCUUUAAUUUUACUUUUUUUGUUCCUUCUAUUUAUUUCUUUUUAAUAGACAUGGCAGCCUUCCUCAGGUGUGGGAUUUAUGAGAGCAUUAUCGGCACUGUCAGCAUUCCUGCUGUUUAUAGUCCCCAGUAGGACAAAGCCGCACGCUGGCUUCCUGGCUACUUCUUCCACCUUUGCAUGGUUGGGCUGCAGCUGUUAACGUCAUUGUGACUGUGAACUGGGUAAGCUUUGAGGAGGCAGAAGAUUCCCUGGGUCACUGUGACAUCUUGGAUUAAGAUCAUGGCACUGGUUUUUUUCUGUCUCACAUCAGCUUUCUUAUAAGGAGCUUGGUAUUUCCACCCCAUGGCUCUGUUGGGGAAGAUUUUUCAGGACAGCACUCCAGGAAACAGAUGACAGUUUACCAACAGUUGUCUUGGUGGCAUCCAGCAUCUCACCAGGCACCCUUGUACCUGUCUUGUCUUGUGGCUCACGAGCAUAUUGGCCACUCCUCCCGCCCCCUUGCACUCCUCUGGUUGCUGCUGAUGAGAGUUUCGUGACAUCAGCGUGUCUCUGUCGUGAACUUGCUUUGUAACCUAACAGGCUGGCAUAUAUACAGUGUGGUCAGGUUUUUCAAGAUUUCAGUUCUGGUGCAACUUGGACAACAAAGUGAGGCAGAAAUGCCACGGAAAAGAGCCAGGAGUGAGUUAGGUAGCCGGCCUCUUGAACCUUUGCUGUGACGUUUCACGUACAACCCUUCAGACGCUGGCUCCCUUUACAAAUCUAGGACUUGGUGGAUUAGAAAAGGAAAGCUAAUCAGGCCAUCAGGUAGAUGCUUUGGUACCCGAGCAGACCCCACAGGGCCCUGAUAUUUUCCUCCCACCAGGUCAGCUGGGUCUGUGUAUGUGUGUUUUCCCUUUCCUCAUGCUUUCUCAGGGGAAGAACAAAAAAAGCCCCCGGUCUGACAUGCCUCCAGGUACCUCCUAAGUGAAACACUGGAGACAGCGCCCCUUGGGAAACUUUGCUCAGGUAGCUUGUUUUAGGACUGGUUUUGCCGCAGAACCUGAGCACAGUUACAGCCUCCCAGACUGAGGUGACAGAGGGAGGACAAGAGGUGUAGGCUGGAGAAGGGAGAGGAAAUCGGAGGCUUUGGCCAGACAGGCCUCUGCGCCAUCCGGUGUGGCAGAGUCAGCGGGACUGACCCUCUCCCGCUCUGGGCUUUGUGCUGCCUCCUCCAGUCUCACGUUGCGCACCACAGUAGUGCUGCACAGACUGGGAAACUGAGGCAGCUCCAAGGGGCGGAGCGAUGAGCUUACCCACGCCCUGGGGUGUGGGAAGAGGCACGGGACUGCCUUGUCAGUGGGGAGGAUGUGGGUGGGGAGAUGGCAGGGGGGUCCCACCCCAACCUCUGCUCCCCAUCACUUGUCAUGGGGAUCAGGUUCAGGUGAUGGCAAGCAAUUCUCUCCAGGACAUUUUGAACUCAGUUUAUGUUAGGGAUGGACCAGAAAGGAAAGUGUCUAGAGACAGAAAGGUAAGUCAACUCCGCCAGCCCCCACUGCCACAUCUGGGCCACCCGAAACUUGGGCUGUCUCCCCAGACGUGGGUAAGAGCAAAAGCCCAGCCAGCUUCCCCCGAAGUCUGGCCUUCAUGCCCCAGACACCUCCUGGGCACACGCAGGCAGGUGCUCGUCUGCUCUCCGCGGGCCCCUGGAACUGCCAAGCGUUUCAAUUGUCAGACUACAAAUGGACACGUCACCAUUUUUCAGGGCUGCUGUGCUGUGGCCUGUUGUCAAUAUUUUGUUCUCCUAACCUACCAAGGCUCUUCCUUCAGAAAGGGAUCUCUGGCUUUAAAAUGUCUUCCCUUAACAGGAGAUUUCCUGCCAAGCCAGGCCCUCAAGGCUCAUCGUCAGAGCUUUCCUGAGGCCCAGCUUACACGUAGGAAGAAGGGACUGCAUAUAUGGAGUGCCCGCUCUGAGUUCUGGGCAGUGUAUAAUACCUUAUCACAUUUGAUUUUGCUAGCUGUAUUUCCUAGUGCCAACUGUAUGUGAGCACUGUGGGAAAACCUCUUGCUUGAAUUAGUCCUCAAACCACCUGAGGUGUGGGGGGCGAACUGGGGCUCAGGGAGGUUAAGUCCCUUCCUGAAGCCUCACAGCCAGGAGAAGCUGGGAGUUAAUACAAGGGUUUGGAAGGGGAGCUGGGCCAGACCCUGGCUGAACAGCCUCUAAGACGAGGUGCCCCACCCUGGCCCUCUCCGUCCCCCAUCGGUGAUGUGUGUGCACAGGCACACACACGUGCAUUCACACAUGCACACUCACAGCUGUCACACCUCUUAGGGCCUAAGAAAUAGGACUAACCCCGGAACUCCUAGAGUUGCCUAUAAACACCAGGCAUAGAUGGAAAUUGUGGUGUUCCGUUAUAAGCACAGCUACAAAAUAUACCUAAAAAAUACCUCUGCAUUCAUUGUCCAGAGGCCUAGACUUCUUCAAACCUUCCGGUAGCUUCUGAUGAUGGAACUUGAGGUUCUUGGCUCAGGGUGAAGGGUAGAGGCUUGGGUUUUGUGUGAAGGCAUGCCAGGGUAUCCUUGAAGGGGCUACCUGGCAGCUUCUGUGUGCUGCCUGCGUACUAGAUGGAAUUUGAGAAGUUGGAGUGUAGUCCGAUGCUAGAGUUUCAUGCAGUACAUGGUUCUGCACAGAAGAACUACUACUGUCUGGUGGUCCAUAUAGCUAAGCUGCCAGGAAAAAACAUUACUUUCCAAAAUUUUCAGAGCAUGUGCAGGACACUUAGCAUUCUCUUCUUUCAGCAUGUUUUCUGUUUUCCAGAGGCUGGCAGUGAUGACAGUAUGGAGUUAACCAAGCAUGCAGGGCAGGGCUUUGGUGGUAGGGCAGGGAGUGAUGGGGCCCUUCUGGCUUCAGUCCUGCAUGGGUUGCUUUUUGGAACUCAUGUAGGAGCUUGACUUCACGAGGCUUGCAGUGGGUGCAGAAAAUUCAGUGGUUCUGUUGCUCAGGGAGGAGACUGUGAGAAUGUCCCUUGCAUCUCUGCCAUCUCUACUGUCUUCCCAGCCAGUCAUUACUGCUACCUGUUCUCACCUGGGUUUGCAUCCUCAUCAUGCAGCGGCUGAGACUCUUUCAUGCCAGCUGCUGAUGGAGGGGGAAAUCCUCCCUCCCCAGCAGCCUCUCAGUCCCAGAGACUUAUGUGAGCACAGACAUCAGGUGAGGUGGGGCACCUAGGGGACAGUGAAGAAGAGGUUGGGAGGUUGCAACAUUUCGAGGCAGGGAGUUCACACUUAGACUGCAGGGAGCUAUGCUGAGCAGAGAUGUGUUUUGCAAAACCAAAGUCUUGCUCCGUGUCCACACCGGAGCAAGUGGAGCAUGUUUCUGGGUAUUCUCUGAAUGAUUUUGCACUCUGAAGCAAAGGACUACCUUGGCCAUAGUAGGUGGGGUCCGAGAAAUGUUCUUAAGUGGCAAAGGCUUUAAGUAGCCAGAGAGUGUCCGGCCCACAACUGACAUCCCCACAUCCCAAAACCUGAGGCUGCCAUGGUACAGGCUUUAUGAAUGUUUUCUUUUCUUUUUGUUAAAUAAGUAAUGUAUUUAAAAUGUCUUCAUUCGAUGUGAGGAUUGUUUAAUGGGUUUGCUUCUGAUGUGUGGCUCCAUGGGAGAUAGGCAGAGUAAUUAAGAAGUUACCAGAAGCAGGUCAGCUGGGAACAUGCACAGGUUAGCAUUUCAGUGAGCGAAUUUCUUCUGGAAUGAAUGAGCAAUUUUUUUCUCUUUCUUUUAGGUAGUAUACCCUUUUCCCAUUUAGUAAUUUAAUGGUAUAUAAAGACAUGUGUAUAUGUAAGUGUAUACAUAUGAGGUAUGACUAGAGGGUUAUGUGUGGGAUUUCUUUUCUUAAUAUACAGAAGAUCUAAGUGUUUCAUCUCAACCCACCUUCUUUAAAAGGUAUCCCUUUAGGACAUCAUAUACUGAUUUACUGCAGCACUGCCCAAGUAAAACUAUUUUGUGAAUUCCUCUAUUGGAAUGGCCUUUGGUGCCUGACAGGUUGCUUUGAUUAUCCUUAGAGAUGAGAAAUCUUCAUCCUUUGAGGAUGGAUUUAAGUUCUGGAAAUAAUCUCAAGUUCUUUAUAGCACAGUUCGAUGAAUAAAGAUGGCAGUUAAGGUAAGUCGCACCAUUUUUGGUUCUUAAAAAAAAAUUCCUAAGAAGUUUCUUAGAAUGAGUCUUUGGACUCAGAGCCUCUUUGAGUGACCACUUCAAGGGAGGACAGUACUCAUUAGUACACGUAACUCCUAGUGGAUUCGUUUUUAAAAAUCUGUUCUCUUGCCAUGCCUCGUAUGUGUCCACACCGCUGCAUACACUACAGAUGGAAGUGCAUAUUCAUUAGUAUAGACAUCUGGUAGGUAUUCUGUAAAACCGUGUUAUACUUAGGUGCAUGUUAUUGUCAUGUUAUGCUGUGACUGAGGUGUUCCUUUGCCAUGAAACUUUGCUUCUUCAUAGAAUUGCAGUCCUGUUCUCUAUACAAUGAAGUGCAUAUACAGCAUUUUCUUAGAUCAGCUCCUGAAGUUCUGAUGCCCAGUGUUGUGUUUACAUGUGAUUCUGCCUAGGAUUCUGUUCACACGUAGACAUCUGUAAGUAUUUAUUACAAAACAGAAUGUAAGCAAAUAUAUCCACAGUGGUUUUAUUUAAAUCAAGGUGUUUUGCCCCUGCGAGGAGGGACACAGAGCCUCCUCAACGAGGCACUUACAGAAUCUGUGUAAAAUUCUGUGAAACAAGGGCAGGCGCGGGCACCUGAUUGCAGCCAAAACUCACAGCCGCUCCUGUCACCUGCUAGUGGCGCCGCUCCCUCUGCCUGCUGUGUGUGUGCGUCGCUUAGUGGCAGUGUGCAGUGGGCUGUGUCCUUCCCAGGCGACCCUGGGAUCUGGGUGUAACAUUUUGGCGUCUCCAUAUUGCCAGUGUGUAUUGAGGGGUGGUGUACAGAGCUGUACAGCCAGAUGGGCCUGUGUACAGAGUGGGGGGAGUGCAAAAACACGCGUGUCCCCCACAGCAGGUAGCGAUGCUGUUGGUCAGCCAAAGAUUUUCCUAUUCUUUGCUGCUUAAACUUGUGCCUUAAUAUUGUAUAUAAUAAAUGGAUAAAAUGACAAAAUG